GUGGCUGAGGGAUUCGGUCACGUGACACGAGCUCUCGCUGGCGCAUCGCUGCGUUCGUCAAUUGUCAUUCCGCUACACAAACUUUUCCGACGAAUGCGGGCGCGGAGUUCCGCAACGAAUUUCAAAGAAAUGGAAUAAAGUGUGUGUAAUUAUACGUUUCGAAAUUUAAAUGUAAAUAUAAAAAAAAAACUUCUGUAAAGUGACUGCCUAGUCAUGGAUGUAGUUACUUCUCGAUAAAAUAUGUGAAAUGAUAUUAUGUGAAAGAGAUUUCAUUGGCUGUGCUAUGAAUAUUUAGUUGUUUUCCAACAUGACUGUACUUCUAGUUUUUGGACUUUUUGUUGUGAUAGCUACAGCGCACAACAUCACCUUCUUGGAGGUGCCCCGGUAUGGUGACCCGUACCGGGACGCGAACCUCAACUGCCAUUAUAUCAACGAGAAGGACGACCCCGACUUACAUUCAGUCAAGUGGUACAGGGGAAACCAUGAGAUAUUCCGGUACACUCCCGGGCAACAGCCUCCAACUAGAACCUUCAAUAGCACAGCUGGUGGAGUCACCAGAGGGUCUUGCAAUCAGCACAGCUGCGCCAUCAGCGUGGUGCUACCAAAGGCAAUCAACACUAGAAUAUCCUUCACCUGCGAAGUAUCCACGGAGGGGCCCAGAUUUGCAGUCGUCAAGCAGACGAAGAAUUUGACUGUUGCGGUUGUAUUGAAGGAAGAUCCGAUUAUAACUGGCAUGCCUGGCAGCGUCCAGUUUGGAGAAGAGGUGCCUCUUAACUGCACCACGUCUCCUGCAAUGCCACCAGCUAACAUCGUGUGGUAUGUUGACGGAAAAGCUGAAAGGAGGGAGCCUUGGAUGGUGAAUCACACCCAAGUCUCACACCCAGACGAAUUUGGGCUACGUACAAGUUGGAGAUCCCUCAGGGUUAGAGUUAACACUCCGAGAGGAUACAUGGCUGUGCGAUGCGAAGCUACCCAGCCAAUAUGGCCGCCGUUUGUAAGAUCCACAAACGCGACUCUCGUGGUCGCGAGAUCACCACAUUUAUCCAUGUUUACGGCUUCUGGCAUCAACCCGGCUGUUUCCCAAGUGUCGGUCCUCGUGAUGACCGUCACACUACAUAUAUUUUCUAAAUACAGUGCCUUGAGUGAGAUAUAAUGCAAGUAAGUCACUAAAUGUGGGUAGUGGAUAGGUAGUUACCAAUUUGUCAUCGUUUGUGGUCGCACGCCAUGAAAUACGACGAACGAAAUUCACAGUUUAGAUUUAUUGCUCUCGAUAUCGAAAAUCGUAAAUUAGGCAACAACAGUCCGACCUAUUUCUGUUGUAUAGUUCAUUGUGUUGUGAUUUCUUUGUGAAACUUAAUUAUAUUGAUUGUAUUUAUUAUUGUUACAUUAGCCGUAAACUGACUACUGCUAACACAGGCCUUCCCCAUAAGGGGAGGUUUGCCAGUAGUUGCCACGCUUGGCAGACGGGCUGGCAACCGUAGUUAGGCUUUUACUGAUAUUGAGAGACGCUGCUGUUUAUCCCUCUACCAUUAAGUUCUCUUAGUUGCUUCUUACGAAACCCACGGUUUCCCGUGGGUAUCGGAAGGAGUGGCCGAUUCUAUGCUGAGGUUACAUGGUAAACUUAUUCAUCAGAAACCUUAGUCAUCAGAAAUAAUAACCCAUACCUGUACAGAGAACCUUAGUUGUCAGGACUAAUAACCUAUGAGGUAUUAAAGGCGUCUCAGUGUGUUCUCUGAUAUUCAUGGCGCUGAUCACGUCUAUAGACAAAAGUUACUAGUUUUCAUCAGGUGGGGCUUAAUUAACUAUUGGAAGUUUCAUUACGAAGUCACAAAACAAAUAUAAAAGCCCAUAAAAAUAAAUUAAUGUGUCUAAUAUAAACAGUAUCGUAGUAAAAUGGAGUUAAUGACUCUCCCAAAGUUAAAUUAUUUUAAUCCUGCAUACAGCUGCUCUAGACAAAUGGCGAAGAAAUCUGUCGAUACGUUUUUAUUAUUUGCGUAUAUACGUUUUUAUUACGUUGAUAAGAAAGCGCAAAAAGCCAGGUGAUGCUGUCUCAUUCUGGCUAGUGUACGCAGCGACAACGUGUCUAUCGUUGUAGUCUAUUUCAAUAGAACUUAAUACAAACGUAGAUUAAUUAAUAACCAUAAUCCAGUCUACUGAUGCCCAAUAAUAGUAUGAAUAAAAAAAGAUCAUCGAUUGAAUGUUUCGAUUUAUUAGUAAUUAUGUAUAUUUAGAGAAAGGAAGAAAUGAUCUAUUCUAUGCCAUGUGGUUCCGGCAUAGAGUGGACCAUCCUUUUAUUUCCAGUGAGUGUCGAAAUAGGCGAAUAAAGGAACUUAAUGUUCACAGCAUUUCUCUUUAAACAUCACUAAAGACUAAUUGCGGUUGCCAACCUUUCCGCCAAGCGGGGCAAUUACUGGCAAAACUCUCCUUGGGACUGGGGAAAGCCUAUAUUCAACAGUCGACAGUUAACGACUCACAUAAUAACAAUAAUAUUUACAGAGUGUUUCUAUGGUAGUUUCAAUACAAUUUGCAUUAAGUUCUAUUGAAACAGUUUCGUACGCCACUUGUCUGUAGAGGAAUACACUUAUUGUAUCAUUCCUCUCGCCGAGCAACAUUUGUAUUCCCCUCAGAUAGUUCAGUAUUGCAGCGCGAUAUUAUCUCUUUUUACGUAAAUCAGAUUAUUUCUUCGCGUUUUUCGAGAGAAAUAAAAAAAGAGAUUUGUUGAGUUAUUGUAUUACCCGACGCGAACCGCGGACCAAUUUCUUUAAGCUCGAUGUUCAAAACGGAUACCGUAAUGAUCGCGUGUCGACUACAAAUUAUAUUUAGCAAGGGACACACCACGUACAUGGAGUAUGAAGUUUGUAAGAAAUAGAAAAAAAAGAAAAUAAAUUUCUUACGUUCUAUUGGACCUAUAUAGUAUUUCUAUAGCCUAUUUCAAUAGAAGUUCAAUAGAAGAACAAAAAUGUAAACAAAAUUAUAAUUGACUCAAACAUAAAAAAAAUUCCACAUGAUUUGAUUCCUCCCUUUUAAUGUCGAAUGAUCAGACGGGGUGAAAACCUGCACCCAUACGUCGUAGACAUACCAUUUAUACGCACGAAGUACUUUACAUCUACCUUCAUCAUGUAUAUGGCCAAGGAGUGGAUCUCUCUCCCUGCUUCUGUUUUUCCAUCUAAAUAUAAUCUGUACCAAUAUAAAGCAAAUGUGAAUAGGCUGUUUAUGAGCCUGCGAGCCCUAUCUUAGACCAUAACAUCGCUUUUCAUCACGUGAGAUUGUGAUCAAUUGCGUACCCGUGUCAAUAGUAAAAAAAAAAUUAAUCGUAGUAUAUCCUAUGCUACUGUGUUAGGUUGUCUGGAAGAGAUCUCUUUUAGAGAUAAGUUCGCCUUUGCUAACAUUAUUAUUAACUUAUUGUUGUUACUGUAUGUUUUAGUGCAUUAUGAAUAAUAUAUUAAUUAUAAAGAAUAUAUUAAUUUCUAUUGAAAUAGGCUGUUACUUACAGGUAAAUCUGUGUAAAAUAUAAUGUAAACUCUAAGUAUUAAGAAUAAAAAUUACAAUUUUAUUAAAAAAAAACAAGUAUAUUACAUAAAAUUCAAGAAGAAUAUACACGUAAUUAUGUGUGGGAGUAAAUUUAUUUAUUAUAAUACUAUACACAAUACAGUAGACACGAUUGCGUAUAACACAUGCCAAAAAUAGUUUCAUCAGCGCUAAAAUAAAAGAAAAUAAAAAACAGUACUGAUUGCUUGGUGGACUUAAUACCUAACAGCGUCUUAUAAUAAUAAUUACUUUUAUCAUGAUAAAUAACAUAAUUAUAACCAACUACGAUAUACAAUAAUAAAAACUUAAACCUACUUAGUACUUUAUACUGUUUGCAGUUCUUUGGAACAUGUAAAUUUACAUUUAAAAAUUCGUAUUUCCAUUUCAAUACUAUGAAAUAGAACUAUUUCUACAUAUUCUAUAAAUUACCAGAUAAGUAUUAUUAUGUUAAAACAAAAUUAAAACAAAAAAAUAAAUUCAAACGUAAUUAACAAUUUCCUAAUUGACGUUCAUUUAUAAUCAUUAAUAAUGAUAAUCAUAAUGAAUCAUAACCAUUAUUAAUGAUUAUUAAUCAUUAUCUUAUAAUCAUACAGUGAUUAUGACUGUUAAUAAAAUAUAAUAAUUCUUGUUUCUAAUCUACAAUUUCCAAAUAAAUAUUAUGGAAAACGCACUUAAGAUAAGUAAGUGCUUCUUAUUUUUCCUUUCUUCCUAAUAUUCUCGUUAGACCUGAUCCUUUCCACAAUUAAUUACGAAAUAAAUGUAGAAAGCUUUCUUGUAGACAGUUAUUAUUAUGUCCAUAAUGAAAAUAGUAUUCGCUGGGAAAGAAUUAUAUUAGGCUGUUACUUGUAAUAUCAUUAUAGAUAAAAUCUUGGCAUUAAUACUGUGCCCUCUAUAAGUUAUUACUUUGUACAAAGGUCGUUUGCUUAACCACUUCUGUCCCAUUCGUGUUUCAACCGUGAAGCAGUUGUGUUUGCAUGGCUGUGUUUCGGUUUGAAGGGCGGGAUAUGGCAGUAAGUUUACAGAGUACAGAGGAGUAAUACCCGAGUCCUCAGGAACGCAUGGGGGGUAUCAUGGGCGAAACAGUACACUCCGUUAUGUCCAUGGUACUGCUCAUGUCUAUAGGCGACGGUUACCACUUUCUAUCAGGUGGACCAUCCACUUGUUUGCCAUUCUAAGUUGCAGUCUCUUAGAUCGACAAAUUAGUUGUUAAAUUUCUGAUCUUUACAUUAAAAUAAUGCACACAAAUAUUUUUUUUUAUUUUACUCAGUUAUAAUCUGAGAAUGUGAGGUAUUUUUAAAAAUCAUUGAUCACUUUCACAUAGAUGACAUCUAUAUUUGUGUUGCGUGAUGUGUUCCUUUUUCGAUUGGUCAUAUUUUUUUUUAAGGGUGACAAUGGAAUGGUUAUCCCGUCCGCGCUAUCGGUAUACGCUGGCGGGGUACCAGUGAAGGAUGAUAGGUUACGAUGAAAGCAGGUCAGUUAGCCCAAUGUGACGAAUUCCACUAGAAUUAACCACGAUAGUGUCGUGAACCGCGUGGAGGUCGAUCUGAUAGGGUAUAUUGCUAGCAAUCAGUUAGACCCCAUUACUAACAAUCUCUUUCCCUCCGAUAGGUCAUAUUUGAGUCAUAGAUAAGAGAUGAGAUUAGCUUGAGAGAACUUAUGUCCCUUAUUAUACAUACAUUACACCACUUAUACUGUAGUAAUAUUUAUUUACUUUAUUUAUCUUACAGAAAAUAUUAUAAAAUAAAAGACCUGUACAAUUAUUAUGUACAUUUACAUUCACAUGUUUUGCUCUUUUAAGGGCAAAGCAAUAAACUGAGUUGUGACCAUUUUGUGUUACUAUGGUACAAGCAUGAAGGAAGGGAAAGAAAGGAGAUUGUUAGUUUAUAUAUUUUGUUUUAUUUUUUGUUUUUUUUUUAUUUUCAUUCUUUUAUCUCUUUUACUGUGUAUUAUGUGUAUGUUUUUUUUUAUUGUAAUUUGUGUGCUGUAAGUAAUGUAAAUAAAUUAUCUAUCUAUCUAUCUAUUUAAUGUGCCUAUAUAAAUUGAAUAUCAAUAUGGAAUUAUGACUUGAGAGUCUACAACUCUGAAAGAUGUUGAAAACCAAAGUAUACCUCGCAUAUAACUCCCAGUAGUAAAGAAACGAUAUUUUAUUUCGAGCAUAAAAGGAAUACAUCUAGGAUAUGAGUAUAAAAUACCUUUCCUGGCGUGCGAACCACUAGCAUUGCUGUAUCGGAUGUCCAUAUAUUUAUUUUAUACAGAAAUGAAAACAAAGUGUAAAAUGUACUUUGUCUAGGUGCUUGGGGAUUCUAGCCUGUUCGUGUUGAGAAUUGGAUGCAUUUUGAAGUAUUACGAAUUGUAUAUAUUAUUAUAAAUAUAUGAUAUAUUAUGUAUCACUUUGUAAAAAGAAAUCGAAUGGAAAAUUGCUCAAAAAUAAUUUUAUCAUUUUUCUAUUUUAAUAUUUAUAAGUAGAAUUAAUUUAUAUAUUUAAUUAAUUAAUAGGGGUUUUUAAUUUAACAAUAGCAAGAUACAGCAAUGUACCGAUGACUGUAAGGAUGUCUAAAGUACCUAUAAAAAUAUGAUUAAAUCAAUUAUUCUAUAAAUAAUAGCAAGCACUGAAUUUCGAUGUUUUAUGUCACGAAAAUUUGUAAUUAUAUUUACAUAUGUUGGGGGGGCUGAGGCUAAAAUAAAGAUAGCUAAGGGCCUUAUUAAUAAAUAUAUUAAAAAAAUCAGAAAUACAAUUAUUUAUUCUUUUAAUUUUUUAGAAAAUAUAUUUCACAUAAUUGAAUGUAUAAUUUUUCUCUUUAACACAUUAAUUUAUAAAACGAAAAAAACUAAUGUAUAAUUAUAUUAAAUUUAGUUUAUGUAAUGUAUUGUAAUGUAAUGUAUUCAGUAUAAUAAAUAAAUGUUUAAUUUAUUUAUUAUACUGUAUAGACACACUUUUAUUUAAUUUAUGAAUACCUACACUGAAUUAAAAAAAAAAGAAAACUGAGUAUAAAAUUCUUUUAAAAUAAAAAGUAUUAAAAGUUUCUGAUUUAUAAUAAUUUAUUAAUAA